AUGUGAAAUGGUGUCACGUGCGUUGCAGACAGGAGUGUCUAGUGUUAGAACGUUGGUCACCUUUUCUGUUUCGACUGUGAUUGGGGUUGUGGAGUUGAUGGUUAAGAUCAAGGAGGACACAGUGGCUCGUCUGCUGCCGUUUGUGUUGGAGGGUUUGAGGUCGUCGAAUGUCGACUGGAGCUUGGGUGUGAUGAUGGUCGUCUCACAGCUCUGUUAUAAAGCUCAGCUCGAUGGCAAGUUAGCGAUGUCACUAGUGGAAAUUGUGGCCAAGCAUAUGAGAGAGGAAACUGUUGAUGAGUCACUAACUUGUAUUGCUUACAUAUGUCUAAGUCAAUCAAUAAAGAAAUUUUCAAGAAAGGCUGUACGGUAUUUAUGCAGAAAAGACUAUGUAAUGCCUUCACUGCAGAAGGUUGCCUCUAUGUGCCAAGUUGAUUGCUUGUUGGAACUCUUUACAUCUCACUUGAUGGACAUGACUUGUAGUAGCAUAAUGUCUGAAUGUAACGAUAUUGAAGACAAUGAGACGUCAAAGUCUGAACAGAUGUAUUGUACGAUUCUGGUUGAAGUAUUAAAGAAUUUGAGACUGAAGAAGGAUCUGGUUAUUCGUUUUGUAAAAGACUUACUUCAGCAUUAUGUUAGCAUGCGGUGCAAUGUAGAAGGUGAAUCUCUAGCAACUCUGCAUGAUAGGUUGCAAGUAUUGGUAAGAACGCUUGAAACAAGAUACUCGCUAGAGUUUGAUGCUGCUCUUGAAGAGCACUUGAAAGAGCUUGCUAGGGAAGGCCAACAGUUGGUUGAUGUUGAGGAAAUGGUUGGUGAUGAAGACAUUGAAGGACAUUCAAGAGUGACUGGAAUACAGCAACAAUCUGAUUUGAUUCAAGAGCUGCUUUCAAUUGCUUUGUCUGGAUCUCGAUACGCUAUUGUCAGCGAAUUAUCUUCUAGCACUUUGACAGUAAGUCUGCAUCAUCCGAAAGCUGAGGUUCGGCGUUUGGCAGUUCUCCAACUUGAAAAAACAAUUCGUGACGCGGAACAGGAUGCAUCAAUUGAUAUUACGUUUUAUAAAUAUGCUCUCCUAGCAAGGCUACGUGAUGAUCAUGCAGCAGUAGUACAAACGGUUAUAGAUAUGGGACAGCAUCUUGUUGAGGUUGUUGGUUAUGAAGAUUUGUUAGCUUUGUUCAUUUACAUUAUGUCAAGGCAACUGGAAAAGGACAGAUGUAGAGAUAAACUGUGGCAGCAAGUGUGUUUAUCGAUGACUAAGCUCAUUUCUGUGUCUUUGUCGUCAUGUUCGUGCCGAGCUCAACAAGAAGUUCUUAUUGCUGUGCUUCCUCAUAUUCUACUACUGCCAAGGACAUAUAAAUAUGGAAUGAAAAUUGUCGACUUUUUGGCUACCUCAGAGUUUUCACACAAGUUUCCACUGAUUUCUGAUUUGUCUCAGCUAGUGGCAAGUGAUGUUUGGUUGCGUUUGGUUGGAUCGCGACCAUCUCCUGCCUUGCUGGCCCAGUGUAAUGAAAUGUUACUCGGCUGCUUGUCGCAUGGGUGGUGUAAAAUGGAGGAAGAAGAAGGAAUAAAGAUGAUUAAUGUUCUUGCUAGCUACAGACAAGAGUUUCUAGACGCCAGCCCGUUGACUAUUUUGACUUUUGGUUUUAUGGAUUGCUUAUUGUCUUCUGCUGAGAAUAAGCAGUCUCUUCUUAUCUGUGGAAUAGCUGUAGAACUUAUUGAACCGUCUCUUUGUGCUUUGUUAACAUCCAGUCAUGGUGACUCUUCUAAAGUAAAGAGCGAUGACAGGAGUGCUUUGGUGCCUCAACACAUUCCUCAAUCAUUGAGGGAAGCGUUAUUGCCUCUUAUGGUUAAGCAUCAUUCAAGUCAAAUCUACAGAGUCAUCCAACUAUCUGGUCUUCAACUGAGAGUUGCUCAGGCAGUUUGUUGUGGUUUAUGCAUACCUACCAGUGCCGAUGAAAAAAUUUGGUUGAGUGUUCCUGUGACAAGUGCUGCUGAUCAUCAGUACACGCAAGUUUUACUGCGGUUGUUUGAUUUGUUGUUGGAAGGAUCUCAAGCUUGUACAGAUUCGGGUUUGUCGUCUCUGUUUCAAGAGCUUUUUUGUGUUUUUAUGAAGAAUCAGCUUAGUGACACUGGGUCUGCCAUGAGGUUUCUUGCAUUCCUUUGGACAUUUCCUGACUCCAGCUGUCAGUUACAACUUCCGUCAUUUAUUGAUUUUGUGGGUGAAGAACAGACCAAUUCACAACAAUCCGCACAAAGAAAACGACAUCUUGUUAGUUCUAUAACUAAAGCUAGAAGUCUGCUUGUGGCUGCAGAGUACCUACAAAGCAUGGAUAAAGACCUUACAGCUGCUUUGGCUUCAGAUGAUUGUCCAGUGAUUCCUGCCUUCGUUGUUGCUCUAAAUAAUCCAACUCCAGUUGUCAGAGAGCUGGUACUGCGUUGUCUGAAUCUUAUCAAUAGAGCUUGCUCUCAAGUUAACUCACCUUCUGCCUUUCAAAUUCUGACUGGGAUUGUGUGUCAAGCUGCUGCAGAGAUUACCUUUGAUUCUAACUUUGUUUGUCGGCUUCUUGCUGAUUCGCUGUCUACAACACAUAUGAAGAAAAAGAAAGGUCAACGCCAAGAGUUGUUGAAACGAACAUCAAUGCUGAAGUGCCUGAUGCGUUAUGUAACUGACGAUGAGACACCUUUGUAUAUGAGGCAGGCAACACUGGAACUUCUGAAAAAUGUUGAAAGUGUAUUCAAGCUGAAUUGCUCGCUGCCUUUUUUGGAGUGGUUGCUGGAUAAGAGCAGUCACCCUGAUACUCUUUUGCCACUGGAGACAAGCUGUAUGAAGCUCUUGAUUCAACAAUAUCAACCAGCAAUUGUGCAAAUAAUUGGUUCGGAUGAGAAUGGGGCAUGGGCGGUGUUUGAGAAAUGCCUACACGCUACCAGAGGUUUUCCAUCUCCUCAAAUGUUGUGUCUGAAUCAGAUUACUCGAGACUUCUACAAGGCACUGAAAGGCUUUACAACUCAGCAGCACCUUUUUUCCGUUUUGUGUGAUCUUGCUAUUAGUGAUACUAAUACUGUCUCAUUUGCAGUAAAGCAAGUCAUGUCUAGAAUUCAUUUGAAGGCUUCUCAUGUAAUAAAGGAAUUGGAGAAGGUUAAGUUGGGGUCGUCUUCUACAACUCCUAGAAAGAAAGCAAAACAGUUGCAGUCAGGCUUGGAAGGACCAAUGGUGAAGCAGUUGCAAAGGUCAUUGGCUUUACUAGAAAUAAUACAACAAGAACGGAAUGUAAAAGGGGUUCAUCUGCUGUUGCCACAACUGUUUGGAAUGCUGAACCAAUGCCUUGUUCUGACAGAUACUGAUGACAUCAAUAUAGGCUAUGUUGUCCAGCUUUUACUUUCUUGCAUUUUGAGUUGCUGCGAACAGAUUGCUCCAAAUGGAAAAUUAGAAGAUCCAAACUUGUUACGUGAAGAUCAGUUUAGCGUCGAGCUGGUUGUGCAAUGUAUUCGGUCAUCAGAAAGUCCUCAAACUCACCAGCAUGCUUUACUUUUGUUAAAUGUAGCUGCUCAACUUUUUCCUGAGAGUGUCAUGCACAAGAUCAUGCCUAUUUUUACGUUUAUGGGAGCUAGCCUUUUACGAAUGGAUGACACUUACAGCAUGCAGAUUGUGAGAAAGACAGUGGAAACCGUUGUUCCUGCUGUUCUAAAGGCCACUGAACUGUCAUAUGCUGACUCUACAGAGUUGAUUAGAACGUUGCUGCGAGUGUUCGUUGACGCAUUACCUCACAUACCAAGUCAUCGACAAUUGCCUAUCAUGGAGCAUUUGCUUGAGACUUUAGGAGUUGCAGAACAUCUUCACGAAGUGUUAGCACUUCUUUUGGAGCAGGUAGUUUUCCAUUCAGGAGACAAACAAGCCAAACAGCAGGUUGUGUCACCAAUAAGUGAAGAAUUUUGUGUCUUUCUGAUUGUCACUGCCAGUCCGCUUGAUCAAGUAACAGGAUUGACAAGACUUUUAGAUUAUGUAAGAGAGCUUCCAGAAGAGAAGCCUGCAGUGACUAAGACAUAUAAGCAAAAACGAAAAAACGCAUCUACUCUUUCACUGUUUUCAAUUGAGAGAUGCACGGCCAAACAACUACAGCAUUUCAAGUUGGUUUGUGUGAGUUUGGUUGUGUCUGUCUUGGCUAGUGAGCAAUACGCAGCUAAGGUGUUGGAUCUUAGCAGUGAGGAUGAACUUCAAUUGGAGUCAAACUAUUAUCAGUUGUUGGAAGUGACACUAACCUUGAUCAGUAAGACCGCUAUAUCAUGUGACACACAUGCUCAAGAAUCAACAUCCAAAUUUUGGAGAGUGUUAUUGUCUAAAGAAUACGAAGUUGUUGAAAAGCUGACUCAAUUGUUGUCAAACACUGCAUUAGUCGAAGUUGUUUGCCAGCUUCUCCAACACACUAACGUUACUGUCAGACGGAAAGCAAUGGAAUUGUUUAAUGGCCAUGUGUCUAUAACCAGAGGAAAGUAUACAAGUGACCAGCUUCCUGCUUUACUCAAUCUCAUUAUUACGUUGACAGCGUUAGUGGCCUCUGUGACUGAAGAUGCGAAUGAGAUUUUGGAGACUCCACUCAAUCGGCAGACAGCGUUAUUGAGCUUGAAGUUGCUUGCAAAAAUGUUAGGAAGCGAUCAGCAACAAGAGUUUCUUCCACUAGUGAAAGUGUGCUGUCGGAUAAUAGGAGAUAAGGAAGAAACUUACCAAGUUGUUUCAAGUUCUCUUCUCUGUCUUGCACAGCUGUGUGUCAUUGUUGGACCACAUCUUAUUUCAUAUCUUCCACAGUUUUUGCCUACCACACUGGACUGCCUUCUAGAUAUUACGAAUUCAGCAGAAGCAAAGCAAGAUCUUUUGCAGCUUAGUGCUGCUACUUGUUUGUUAAAAGUUGUCGAGCAUUUGUCGAAGUUUCUCAGCCCGUACAUGGUCGAUAUUCUGCAACGGACUUGCCACUAUUCGUUUUGUCAACAAUUGCAAAGUAACUCCCAGCUGUCUGACAAGGUGCAGAGUGUCAGAUCUUUACUUGCUGCAUCUGUUCCUGUUCGUGUUCUUUAUCCUGCCAUCGUCAGCUACUACAGUCACGAGUUGGACCCAGAGUCGAUUGUUGUCUUGUUUCAAAUGUUGGGCGAAUCGAUUCAGAAAAUGUCGAAGGAAGACGUCGUAGCAUACACUCAGUCAUUAGUUGACAUUUUUACGGUUGCCUUGGAAUAUAGAACAAAUAAGAAAAGGAUGGCGCUCAGUAAAGUAGCCGUUGUCGAGGACUGCAUCAGUGCUGCUUUCCUUGAAUUGGUAGUAAAACUGUCAGAAAACGCAUUUCGUCCAGUGUUUGUGAAGCUAUUUGAUUGGGCUUCGGGCAAAGGCUCUCCAAGAGACAGAAUUCUGACUUUCUACCGACUCACAAUAAGCAUUGCAGAGAAGUUGAAGGGUCUAGUAGUUUUAUUCAUCGGCCACAUAUUCGACAACUGUGCACAAAUACUGGACGCAAGCAACUGCUCAAAGACAGAUUCUUUGUACUUUGAUGGAGCAUUCGAUUCCAAGUUAGAGACUGACGAUGAGCGGCCUAUUGAUCAAUCAUUGGAAGUGAUUUCUCAUAAGUCUAGACUUCUUGUGCAUUCUGUCCUCGACUGUCUACACAAAUCUUUCUUAUAUGCAUCGGAGUCUUUCGUCAACAAAGAAACGUUUCAGUCUCUUUUGAUGCCUUUAGUUGAUCAAAUUGAGAAUGAUUUUGGUGGAGGCGAUGCUUAUCGUGAAUUGAUUUGUGGCCAUCUUGUUCCAUGUGUUAGUCAGUUUGCAGUCGCUGUUGUUGACAAGAGUUUAUGGAAAGUUUUGAACUAUCAAGUCCUUCUCAAGACAAGGCAUUCGUCAGCAAAGAUUCGCUUGGGUGCCUUACAUGUCAUGAAACAGCUGUACGAGAAGAUGGGCGAUGAGUUUGUCUCGCUGCUACCUGAAACUAUACCAUUUCUUUCGGAGCUGAUGGAAGACGAAUCUUUGGAUGUUGAGAAAGAAUGUCGGUCUGUGAUCAAGGCAUUAGAAGAAACCUUAGGAGAAUCCUUGCAACCAUACUUCUAAUCAUAGCAAUUCCAAACUAGGUACACAGUGCAGUCAUGCAACUGGACAACAUUAUGUCAAAUGUGUUGGAUGAGGAAAUGCUCGUUGACCUAAAACUUGUAACAAGUCUAUUGCUCUUGCAAUGUAAUAUCUACAUACAAAUGCCAUACAUUUAUAUAAUUUUUAAUGA